UGUUAUAGUUGGCUUAGUUUCAGGUGUUAUAGACCUAGAUAUCUUUCAUUAUGCUGAUUAAGCAAUUAUAUCUGUGACUACACAACAAACACAUAAGUCAACUUUUUUUCCAUAUAACUUUCUACUCUUAUUUCUUCUUCCAUUUGCACUAUUGUUUUAUCCUUUUUGUAACCUAAACAAAUAAACCAUUUAAGAAAGCAUUCUCAUCUCUUAACCAAUACAGGAAAGAGAGCAAGAGAGAACAAAAAUGGGAAGAGGGAGAGUUGAACUAAAGAGGAUAGAGAACAAAAUUAACAGACAAGUCACUUUUGCAAAGAGAAGAAAUGGUGUACUCAAAAAAGCUUAUGAGCUUUCAAUCCUUUGUGAUGCUGAAGUUGCUCUCAUCAUCUUCUCCAACCGUGGCAAACUCUAUGAAUUCAGCAGCACCUCCUGCAUGAUGAAAACAUUGGAGAAAUACCACAAGUACAGCUACAAUGCACUAGAGACCAAUCAACCAGUCAAUGAUGCUCAGAAUUACCAGGAAUAUGUGAGAUUAAAAGCAAAUGUAGAAAUCUUACAACGUUCACAAAGGAACCUUCUUGGAGAAGAUAUUGCACAAAUGAAUACAAGUGAACUCCAGCAGAUUGAGAAUCAAUUAGAGGCAGCACUUAAGAAUAUAAGAUCUACAAAGACUCAAUUCAUGCUUGAUCAACUAGCUGAUCUUCACAACCGGGAAACAGUGCUUGUUGAAACAAAUCAUGCAUUAAGAAGUAAGUUGGAAGAAAAUAAUGAAUCUAGUAUCCAUCACACACGCUUUCAUCCUCAAUCAGAGGGAUUUUUUCACCCUGUGGGAGUGAAUUCCAACUUGCAAAUUGGAUACAAUAUGAUGGGUUCUUCUUCUGAUGUAAACGUUGGAGCUUCAUCCUUAAGUAUGAAUGGAUUCUCCACUGGCUGGAUGCUUUGAUGACACAUUGAAUUAUCGUACCAUAAAGUAAAGAUUAAUUAAAAGGAUAUGGUAACGAAUAUUUCUAGCAUUAUUCAUCAGUGUUUACAUAAAGAGAAAGAAAAUGAUUGAUUAUGUCAACAACAGAAGAAAAAACAAAAAGAAAAAUGCUUUGUUUAAUCAUUAUUAAUCGAUGCUUAUGUAAAUAAAAAAUGGCGACUAGUAUUGUCGUGAAAAUUUGUGAACCAACAACGUUGCAUAUUGAUAUUUAUAUUGAUUCAAUGAUUCCAAA